AUGCUCUUGCUCCUCGACCUCGCGCAGCACGCCCCACGCUGGACUGCACACCAUUUCGUCAACCCCUACACCGCACUCGCUUCCCUCGUCCUCACCGCCAUCGCUGCUGCUCUCUCCUUUGUUCGCCUUUCAACAGCCAGCAAGAAUGACAAAGCACGCGGUCAAGCAUCGGCCCCGCCUCACCCGCACCAUCCCCCGUCGCCGCCCCCGACCAGUCGGCUGCUCGGACAUCGCGGCUUCCCCGUCUACGACGCCGCCUUCAACCUCCGCCUCUCGUACCUCUACGGCCCCAUCAUCCUGCUCCAGCACGGGCCCGCCCACCCGCUACACCUCGUCGCCUCGCUCCUCCCCUCCUUCCUCCGCCCGCUCCUCCCCGCCGUGGCACCGACGUGGCGACCGCACGACACCACCAUCCUCGUCAACUCCGAGCAGCAUGCACGCCACAUCCUCGACCGCCUCGGCGCGCACUACUCGUCACGCGCUCCAUCCAUCGCCGCGGGAAAGUACCUCAGCCAUGGACGCAGGCUCGUCCUGCAGCCCUACGGCCCCGUCUGGCGAACCCACCACCGCGCACUCAUGUCGGUCCUCUCCCGCGACAAGCUGCGCGGCCAGUGGGACCCCGUCAUGCGCUACGAGGCGGCAGAGAUGGUGCUGCGCAUCGCAGACGGCAUCGAAGCGUUCCGCGCCAGCGCCACGCACCCGCCAUCGAUCUUUCAAGAGACUUCGCGCUUCACCGCCUCGUCGGUCCUCCAGAUCGCCUACGCCCGUCGAGCCGCAACGCCCCAGGAUCCCGUCCUCGUAGACCUUGACCGGGUGUCGCAGGGGAUAGCCAGGGCCUUUGAACCGGGCCGCUUCCUCGUCGAACGCCUACCAAUCCUCGACCUCGUGCCGUCCUGGCUCGCGCCGUGGAAGCAGCGCCUGCAGGCAUGGCAUCGAGCCGAACACGACGUCUACUCUGGCCUCGUCCAAGACGUACAGGACCGCCUGCCCAGCGAGCCGGGGCCGGGUCACAAGGGCAAGCGUCAGCAGACGGACCUGGCCGGCGGCAGCAUCCUCUCGCCUUCGUCCUGCGCGACGGCCACGCUCCUGUCGAUGCGGCAAAAGCUGCACCUGGACGUCGACGACAUCUCUUAUAUCUCGGCCACCAUCUUUGAGGCGGGCACCGAGACGACUGCCACGACGAUCGACACGUUCCUCGUCGCCAUGGCGUGCUAUCCCGAAGUGGCGCGGCGGUUGCGCGCCGAACUCGAUCGCCUCUUCGUUCCCGCUUCUUCCUUGGGCGGCGCCGGCGGGGAGGGUGACGACGACGACGACGAGGAGAGAUGGGUACCGGACUUCGACACGUUGAGGCGCGCGCCGUACCUCGCAGCCGUGCUCAAGGAGGUGUUGCGCUUCACGCCGACCGGCAGCUCUGGGGUGGCGCACACGUCUAGCCAUACGGGGCCCGACGAUCUCGACGGCGGUGGCCUCGAGGGUGUACGGAUAUGGGGGGGCGUGUCGAUCCUGCCCAACAUCUACGGAAUACACCGUCACCACUCGACCACCUCGUCAUCCUCCUCUUCAACGUCAUUGUGGACAUUCGAUCCAUCACGACACCUCACCUCUACCUCCUCCUCGUCUUCAAUGGAAGAAGAAGAAGAAGGGGAAGAAGCGACAGGAACGACCUCGCUAGAUCUGACAUCGUCGACGCACGCAUUCGGGUUCGGACGACGCAAGUGUCCCGGAUCGGUCCUGGCCAGUCACUCGUUGUGGAUCGCCACGUCGCUUGUCGUGCUCCACCUCGAUCUCUCCCUCGAUGAUGUCCCCACUGCGAACCUGGUGGAGGGGUUGAGGGGGAAGGAAGAGCGGAGCGCGUCGAAAUUCCGACGUGCCUUUCCGGAUGUCGUCGAGACGCAGGCGUGGAAGGACGAGAGGAGAUUCCGUGCCACUGCGGGCGAGGGCGACGUCCUCCUCGAUGCCUUUAUUAGAGGCGACGUCUCGAGGGAUCAGCUAAGGCGCGUCUUGGUAUGUGCGAUGAGAGAGUCGAGACCCCUAGACCGUCUACGGGCUUGGGUCCGUCGUGCUAGAUCCGCUGCUCGAGAUGUAGAUGUCGACGUCUAG